AUGGGCAAAUGCGGUGGUGGGAUGUGUCGCGAGGCUGGCGGCAAGGUCCAGCUUGAUGGCGCCUGGAGCUUUAAGGCCCAGCUAAACGCAUUGGGCUCUGUCAACCAGGAGGAGGACUUUAGCUUCCGGCAGAACUCCGUGAAGGAGGUCACAGACAGAGGCCGUGCAGAGGGCAUCUCCCGACUGGAGAAGAUCCUGCAGGAAAGCGCUGGGGCUCUGCCAACCACAUCGAAGAAGCGAAAGGCCUUACCUGCUGGCAAUGAGGAUGACCAGAAGAUCGCUAAGGCGAUGCAUGCUGCAGAGGCUGAGCUUCGCAAAAACGUCCUGGCACUCCUCACACCGCUCCGUGACCUAGAGCAGGUGGCGGGGCAGCCCGAAAGUGACACAGCCGUUCUCGCCAUCUUCCGACAGCUUCGGCGGCUGAACAUCACAACAGACUGUUUGAAAGCUACCCGGGUCGCUCUGGAGCUCAACAAGCCAUGCUGGCGGGGCAGCAAGGCUGCCGCCCCGGUGCGUGAUGCAGCAACCUCUCUGAUCAAGAGCUGGAGGAGCAUGUACAGGGCGGAGCACGGCCAGAGCUCGGAGUCCGAAGAGGCGACCCGAGCGCGGCAGCUGCGGCUUCUGGCCGUCGACCUCGAGGACCAAGUCUUCAACCAAUGCCACAAGAUGGACCACUACUGCCGUGCAAUCGAGUCGCUGAGCCAGGACCUUGGCAGCCAAGACAUUUGCCAAAGUCUCGUUCAAGGACGCACUUCCGGACAGGACCUCGUGUCCAAGACAAUGGGGCUGCCGCUGCGAUCAGAGGGGAAUUCGCAGGUCCACGUCCUGGACUAG